AUGACUACAGUAACAGACACAUCAAAUUUGCAUCAUAAUCGAAAUAAUGUUAAAACACCAACAUCACAGAUUAUUGGUGAUUUAAAAACAUCAACUAAGACAACUAUGCCAUACAAUAUAAAAGAUUCACAUCAUAAUUCAUUAGUUUCAUUUGCACAAGAUUUUUCUCAAUCUAUUCCAAAUCCUAAGAAUAAUUUUCAAAAAUUUUCAACAUCAUUACUUAAAAAUAAAGCUUUACUUGUACCAACACGUUUAGCACUUAAACGACAACGAGCAUCUCUUAAACCACCUACAUUAAAAUAUGAACCUGUUCGCUCUGAUACACUUCAAAUGGAAUUAGGUAAUCCAGAAGAAUUAACAUUACAUAGUGAUCAUGAUGAGGAUGAACAUACUACAGCAAUGAUAUCACAACAUAUGCAGUUACCAAAAGAACAAAAUCGAAUGCAAUCAACAUCAAAUCAGAGUAGUCCAUUACGAGAAGAUACGCCACAUACUGUACCAACUGAUAUUGCACUCUUGUAUAGAGAAAAACCAUUAUUUUCUCAUCCAAUUACUGGUAAUUUUAUUGUACAAUAUGCUGAAGAAAAUGGAGGUCCAUCACCAUGUUCAUAUGUUUUACCACGUAAAUCAUGUCGAGAAAAAAAUGCACCUGCUUUUUCCUUUGGAUCAAAAUGUUCAGUUGAAAGAAAUGGUGGUUCACGUACAGCUUGGCAAAAACAAUGGUUUGCACAUUCAAAUCCAUAUACAACUAAAGUUGAUUUUAAACGUGAAACUGUUUGGCCAACACCAUUUCAUUAUCCAGCAAAACCAACUUUAGGUGUACAAGUAACUAAAGUUAGUUUUCCAGCAUGGUCUAUUGCAACACGUUUUCAAACAAAUCCAACUGUAAUGUCAGGAAAUAAUCCUGGUCCCGACACAUAUGAUACAAUAUCAGCUUUUCGAAAAUUAAAAGCAAAAAAUACAUAUAUUACAUUGAAAUCACGUCCAGGAGGUACUCAAUUAUCGACUACACAAAUUUCAAAUAAAACUCCUGGUCCAGGUGCACAUGAUGAAAGAAAAUUUUUAUCAAACAAAUAUUCAGCUCCGAAACAUUCAUUUGGUAGACGUAUGCCAACAUCACUUGGUCAAGAUCCUUAUGUAAAUACAUUACCAUCAAUUGAAACUUAA